AUGGUAACAACACGUAACACAGAUGUUGCGUUGAUGCUAGGAACCGCGAAAUGUCAUCACUUGAAGCAAUUAUCAAUGGAUGAUUGUUGGUCGGUGUUUGCACAAGAUGCAUUUGAGAACACAAUUAUGGAGGCAAGCGCGAAUUUGGUUUCAAUUGGUAGGAAAAUAGUUGAGAAAUAUGGAGGCUUGCAUUUGGCUGCUAGGACACUUGGUGGCCUUUUACGUUGUAAACUAAGAGAUGAUGAAUGGGAAGAUGUAUUGAAUAGUAAAAUGUGGGAGUUAUCAGAUCAGGAAAGUGACAUUCUUCCGGCUUUGGGGUUAAGUUACCAUCACCUCCCUUCACAUUUGAAGAAGUGUUUUGCAUACUGUUCAAUACUGCCCAAAAAUUGCCGGUUUACUGAAAUGAAUCUAGUUUUAUUGUGGAUGUCUGAAGGCUUCAUUCAACAACCAAAAGGAAAAGGAAAGAAGCAAAUGGAAGAUCUUGGGCACGAGUACUUUCAUGAAUUGUUGUCCAGGUCAUUUUUUCAACCAUCAACUAUUGGUGAAAGCUCAAAAUUUGUGAUGCAUGACCUCAUCAUUGAUCUGGCUCAGUUUGUUGCAGGAAAAAUUUGUUUUCGGCUGGAGGAUAAGUCGAAAGUUAAUUAG